CAUAGACAGCCGGGACACCGAGAGGGGAAGUGGAACAUAGAUGGCCCACCGAGUCUCGGCUACAACAUUACGGACUUAAGGCGCGUUGGUGUUCCGACAGAAAGUUGUGAGGAGAGAGACUGGGCUGUAUAAAGGGAGACCCGGCAGUGGUGAGGAGAGAGGCUGGGCUGUAUAAAGGGAGACCCAGUGGUGGUGGUGCUGGUGAGGGCGGGGAAAAAACUGGUCUGUAUAAAGGGAGAACCGGCAGUGGUGAGGAGAGAGACUGAGCUGUAUAAAGGGAGACCCCGCGUUGUAAGGGGAGAGACGGCUGUGUAAAGGGAGACCCAGUCUACGGGAGAUGGGAUAAUGCUCCGGCUACUGAGAACAGAGGAGAACAACCUGAGGACAUAGACGGGAACCCAGGAAGUGUCCGAUCAGUUUGGAGACUCGACGAUGAACGUCUUCAUGGAGGAGCAGGGACCGCCGAGCUCCUCCGGACGACGGGGCUCCGGACUGAGGGCAUCGACCAAGAGCAAAGCGCCCCCUCCCCCCCAACGGAGCGACCCGUAUCCCCGCUACCCCGGGGGGGGGCCCAUGGAGCAGGACGAGCUGGCCCUGGUGGUGGUCCUACCGGGAGGGGCGGAAAAGACCACCAGCGUGCACGGCAGCAAACCCCUCAUGGACCUCCUGGUCAUGCUGUGUGCUCAGUACCACCUCAGCCCCUCCAGCCACACCCUGGAGCUGGUCACCGCUAACAGGAAGCACGUCAAGUUCAAGCCCAACGCCCGCAUCGGAGCGCUGGGCGCCCAGCGGGUUCUGCUGAGAGCCAAAGGAGACGAGGACAAGAACACAACCGCCGGACCCCCGAUGCCAGAGCAAACGGUUCGGAUGGUGAUAAACUACAAGAGGAGCCAGAAGACGAUCCUGCGGGUGAACCCUCGUGUUCCUCUGGCAGAACUCCUCCCGGCCAUCUGUGAAAAAUGUGAGUUUGAGAGGGAGACGACGAUCCUGCUGCGCGAUGCGGACGCCCGCGGGCCCCUGGACCUAUCCAGCUCCCUCAACGACUACGCCAUCAGAGACGUCUACGCCAGGGACACUAAAGAUGACCUUGAUUCACCUGUGUGCCCCGCCUCCCCCUCACAGUCAGUGAUGCUGAGACUUGGUAAAGAUAAGAACCAGCAGGAAAAGGAAAACAAAGGCUUCAGCAUGUUCAGAAGAAGCAAGAAGAGAUCAGAGCAGCCAACGACGGCCAGCGCCCCGGCGUCCCCAGUCCUGGUCAGCAAGCCGCGACCUCUCAGCAUGGCGUUACCCAGCAUGCACCCUUCUCCCCUCGACCGCCAGCUGUCCCUGGAGGCAUCAAAGAAGAGGCGCGCCCCCCAGCCUCCCGGGGCCACGCCCCAGAGCCGCCCCGCCCCGCCCCGCGGCCCGCGGCCGCUCAGCGCCCCGCCCCGCGGCCCGCGGCCGCUCAGCGCCCAGCCCGGCUCCCCGGACCAGGACCAGACCGGUCUAAAGCUGGUGUCUCUGUCUCAGACCGGUCUAAAGCUGGUGUCUCUGUCUAAGACCGGUCUAAAGCUGGUGUCUCUGUCUCAGACCGGUCUAAAGCUGACCGGUCUAAAGCUGGUGUCUCUGUCUCAGACCGGUCUAAAGCUGGUGUCUCUGUCUCAGACCGGUCUAAAGCUGGUGUCUCUGUCUCAGACCGGUCUAAAGCUGGUGUCUCUGUCUCAGACCGGUCUAAAGCUGGUGUCUCUGUCUCAGACCGGUCUAAAGCUGGUGUCUCUGUCUCAGACCGAGACCGGUCUGAAGCUGGUGUCUCUGUCUCAGACCGGUCUGAAGCUGGUGUCUCUGUCUCAGACCAGUCUAAAGCUGGUGUCUCUGUCUCAGACCGACUCAAAGAGCAUCAAACGCAAGGCCCCACCGCCGCCCUCCUCCCUGUUGGGGGUCCAGGACCCGGCCUCUCCCCAGGACCCGGCCUCUCCCCAGGACCCGGCCUCUCCCCAGGACCCGGCCUCUCCCCAGGACCCGCCCUCUCCCCAGGACCCGGCCUUGUCCCAGGACCGUGCCCAAGGCAACGGCACCCUGGAGGGGAUCAGUGAGCAGGAGGAGGCCCCGCCCCUCUGUGACCCCCAGCCGAGGGACCAGAGCGGGCCCUGUCCGUCAGCAGACCUCUCCACGGUGGCCCCGCCCCCGGGGGGCCCCCAGGGGCCUGCCCCCACGCCGGCCGGGACCAGUGGAGAUCAGCCAGGUGAUCUGUCCACAUAUGGCAAGUCAACACAGAACACAGUGAGGGACGCUGUAGUGGACCCCCGGCCAGAGAGGGACGCUGUAGUGGACCCCCAGCCAGAGAGGGACGCUGUAGUGGACCCCCGGCCAGAGAGGGACGCUGUAGUGGACCCCCGGCCAGAGAGGGACGCUGUAGUGGACCCCCGGCCAGAGAGGGACGCUGUAGUGGACCCCCGGCCAGAGAGGGACGCUGUAGUGGACCCCCAGCCAGAGAGGGACGCUGUAGUGGACCCCCGGCCAGAGAGGGACGCUGUAGUGGAAGUGGACGCCAGGCUGGUCCCCGUCUUGAUGGAAGGUCCUGCUGUUUCACCCCACCCUCAUGGAGUGGAGACAGGAGAGGCAACAGCCCCUCCCCUUCCUGUUCCUGCUCCACCAAGAGAGGCAGCAGCCCCUCCCCUGCCUGUUCCUGCUGGAUCGCCGGGGUCACGGAGAGGCGAGGCCGUUGAGGAGCGCCCCCUCCCAGACCCCGCCCCCCCCAGCGGCCCCUCGGCGUGGGGGGCUGGCCGGGCCCCUGACGCUGAGGUGAAGCCUAAACCCUCCAACGAGCUGACGAGGGACUACAUCCCCAAGGUGGGCAUGACCACCUACACCAUCGUGCCCCAGAAGUCUCUGGAGAAGCUCCGGUUCUUUGAGGUGGAGCUGACGCUGCAACCGCCGCCUCCUCCACCCGGGGCCCUCGACCCAGACGCACAGGGGGGGCUGCCUCCACCCGGGGCCCUCGACCCAGACGCACAGGGGGGGCUGCCUCCACCCGGGGCCCUCCACCCAGACGCACAGGGGGGGCUGCCUCCCCCGCCGGAGGAGCAGGACGGCCUCCUGACCCCUGGAGCAGCAGCAGGAGACCCCGGCAGCACCGCAGCUGUCAGCCCCCCUCCUCUGCCUCAGCAGACCACCACUGGGGACGCCUCCCCGACCAAUCACAGUGCGGUCAAGCAGGCGAAGGUUCCGCCCCUGACCAAACCCAAGCCCGGGUCCUUCCGCCGGCCCCCGCUCGGCACCGCCCCCACCCUCAGCUCUGCGGCGGUGAGGAGGCUCAGCUCCCUCCCAGGGGCCCGCCCCGCCGAGGCCCCUCCUCCUGCCCCCCCCUCCGGCAUGCAGGGCCCAGAGAGUGUGGGGGGCCCUGCUGUUGAGGGCCCUGCUGCGGGUGGCCGGGGCGUGGGGGGCCCUGGGGCCCCUCGGCAGGGCGGCUGGGCGUCGCGGGGGCCCACCGCGGGGCUGAGCCUGGACAAGCUGAGGAGCUUCACGGCGCCCCGCCCCUACACCCCCUCCACCCCGUCCCGCUUCGCCCAGGCCGUGUCCUCCGCCGUGAGGAGGACCCAGUCACUGUCCAAGGCCUCAGCGUCCCCGGCCUCAGCCUCCCCGGCCGCAGCCUCCCAGGCCUCAGCCUCCCCGGCCUCUGCCUCUGCAGCCUCCCAGGCCUCAGCCUCCCCGGCCUCUGCCUCUUCAGCCUCCCAGGCCUCAGCCCCCCCGGCCUCAACCUCCCCGGCCUCUGCAGCCUCUGCCUCUACAGCCUCCCCAGCCUCAGCCUCCCCGGCCUCAGCCUCCCCGGCCUCAGCCCCCCCGGCCGCAGCCUCCCCGGCCUCUGCAGCCUCUGCCUCUGCAGCCUCCCCGGCCUUAGCCUCCCCGGCCUCAGGCUCUUCAGCCGCAGCCUCCCAGGCCUCAGCCUCUCCGGCCUCCCCGACCUUGCCGCCGUUCUCCCCGGACCUGACCAGCAGCCAGGUGGAGUCGCCCAGCAGGCCCUGAAAACACACCUUCCUCGACCUCUUCCUGACCCCCUUAGCCAUAACUGUAUGGUUAGAGAUUAUGAAUAACUGGUUAUAUAUUAUGAUUUUAAAUAACUGUUUGGUUAUACAUUAUGAAUAACCGAAUGGUUAUUCAUUCUGAAUAACUAUACAUUAUUAUUAUACAAAUGAAAGGAAGGCACAUUUAUUAUUCACUGCUGUUUGUUUUUUUCUUCGCACAACAUUAUCUGAGAAUAUUAUUCUAUUUGGAAAGAAACAUAAUUUAAAAAUAACUUUAUUCUUUUAUUUAGUGUCCUUAGAUGUUGAUUUGAAGGGUCAAGCGACCGCAGUACUGAUGAUAAUGACUAAUUAAGCUGGAGAUGUUGGAGCCAGCAUGGGUUAUGGUACUAAACUGUUUUAUUUUCCUCAGUGAUCACUUCAAAUAUGUAUUUUAAUAUAAAAAGGAUGGUUCUUGGUUAAGCUAUGUGCAAACAUACUGAUAUGUAAAAUCUGACUCUGAUUCUAUAGAGAAGGGUUGACAUUAAUAAAGAUUACGUGAAAAACAUUGUUAUCUUCUUGGAAG